AUGGACUUCUCACCUGUUCCCAUGAGAGUACAGAUUGAGCGAGAUGCCGGUACCAGGUUGAAGAUCAUCGUGGUGGGCGCGGGGCUUGGCGGGCUCGCGACGGCAAUAUCAUGCCGGCUUGCUGGUCAUGAAGUCACCGUCCUGGAGUCCGCGGCCUCAAUGGGCGAGAUCGGGGCGGGUCUGCAGACGUUGGCAAACUCGUCCCGAGUCCUCAUCUCUUGGGGCAUGGGCGAACAACUCAGCCAAUGUGCGACGACGCCGCGGCUCUGCAACAUGAUCGGAUGGCGAGGGGAGACCAUAUCCACGUGGGACAUCCACAAGUCUACGCGCGAGGAAUGGGGCAGUCCGUACUGGGAUCUGCAUCGCGUCAGUCUGCAUCAGUGUCUCUGGGAUCGGGCGGUGGAACUGGGUGCAGAGGUGCGGGCCAAUUCACGAGUCACCGAUGUCAGGGUCGCAGCGGACGGAAGCUCUGCGACUGUGGUUGUGCGACAAGGCGAGCAGGAGACCCGCAUCUUCAUGAACGCAGAUCUUGUGGUCGGCGCAGACGGCGUCAGAAGCCACUGUCGAGAUCUUCUGGUUGGGAGAAACGACCCUCCGGCCAAGUCGGGCGAUAUGGCGUACAGGGUUCUCCUCAACACCGACGACAUGUUGAAGGAUCCAGAACUGAGGGAUUUCGUGUUGGAUCCGCAGGUCAACUACUGGAUUGGACCUGAAUGUCAUGUGGUGUCGUACGUCCUGAGAGGAGGCAAACAGUUUAAUAUGGUCCUCUUGGUGCCCGAUGAUUUACCGGAGGACGUCGUCACGCAGGAGGGGAACGUCGAAGUUAUGCAAGCUUUGUUUAAAGACUGGGACCCGAGAGUCCGCAAGAUUCUAUCUACCUGUUCGCAGGUCAAGAAAUGGCGCCUCUGUACCCGAACGCCCACACCAAGCUCCCCGUCUUGGUACCACCCCAGCGGGACUUUCGUCCUGCUCGGCGAUUGCGUCCACGCCACUCUCCCUUACCUGGCGAGCGGCGCCGGCAUGGCGAUCGAAGACGCCUCUGUCCUAGGGCUCUGCCUCUCACGCAUAUCCUCGAGCUCCACGCCACAGGAGAAGCUCCAUGCUCUGAGGGUGUAUGAAAUGUGCCGGAAACCGCGCACUCAACGGGUGGUCGAGAAAGCGUACGAGAGCCAGUAUCUAUAUCAUCUUCCGGACGGUCCGGAGCAGAGGGAGCGGGACCGAAAGAUGAGGGCGUUUGAGGACGCAUAUCACACUCAAGGGCACGGAGCAGUGCCCCAGGGGUUGAUGCAGGGGGACGAUCCGUUCGCCUGGAGGAGCGGUGGGGUUGGAAAGUGGCUAUUUGAGUAUGAUUGCGCGGUGGAUGUGGAGAGAUGUUGGGCAUUGCUCCAUGCAGAGGAAGAGGCUGCUGCAAGGACGGCUCCGCGCUCAGAUUCGAAGAAACUCGACUUGGUUAGCCUGGUGGCAACUGCAAGGCUUUAG